GGCUGAAGCUCGGCUCCGUGCGCGCGCCGCCCGGUUCCGGUUACGGAUGGACCUGUUCGGGGACCUGCCGGAGCCGGAGCCCUCGCCCCGCUCCACAGCCGGGAGAGAAGCACAGAAAAAAAGGCCUUUGCUUUUCGAUGACCUCCCGCCGUCCAGCAGUGAGAAGUCAGGGAAAGACGUACAAAAAGGAUCUUUGCUUUUUGAUGACCUGCCUCCAGCUAGCAGUGCUGACUCAGGGUCAGGGGGAUCUUUGCUUUUUGAUGAUCUUCCACCUGCUAGCAGUGGUGACUCAGGUUCACCUGCCUCUCAAGCAUCCCAGGGACCGAAGAGUGAUGGGAAAGGAGCGAAACGGAAAACCGUGGAGGAGGAGAAGAAUGGGAGUGAAGAGCUUGUGGAAAAGAAAGUUUGUAAAGAUUCCUCGGUGAUCUUUGGCCUUAAAGGUUAUGUGGCAGAGAGGAAAGGAGAAAGGGAAGAGAUGCAGGAUGCCCACGUGAUCUUGAAUGACAUCACCGAGGAGUGUAAGCCCCUCUCUUCUCUGAUCUCUCGGGUUUCCUAUUUUGCUGUUUUCGAUGGGCAUGGAGGAGUCCGAGCUUCCAAGUUUGCUGCUCAGAAUUUGCAUCAGAACCUAAUCAGGAAAUUUCCUAAAGGAGAGGUGAUCAGUGUGGAGAAGACUGUGAAGAGGUGCCUUCUGGACACUUUCAAGCACACCGACGAGGAGUUCCUCAAGCAGGCCUCCAGCCAGAAGCCUGCCUGGAAGGACGGUUCCACGGCCACGUGUGUCCUCGCUGUAGACAACGUCCUCUAUAUCGCCAACCUGGGAGACAGCCGGGCGAUCUUGUGCCGCUAUAAUGAAGAGAGUCACAGGCACGCAGCCUUAAGCCUCAGCAAAGAGCACAACCCCACCCAGUACGAGGAGCGAAUGCGGAUACAGAAAGCAGGAGGAAACGUCAGGGAUGGCAGAGUCCUUGGCGUGCUGGAGGUUUCCCGUUCCAUUGGGGAUGGGCAGUACAAGCGCUGCGGUGUCACCUCUGUGCCAGACAUCAAGCGCUGCCAGCUUACUCAGAAUGACAGGUUCAUCAUGCUGGCUUGUGAUGGGCUCUUCAAGGUCUUCACCCCUGAGGAAGCUGUGACCUUCAUCUUGUCCUGCCUUGAGGAUGAGAAGAUCCAGACCCGGGAAGGGAAGUCGGCCCUCGAUGCCAGGUACGAAGCUGCCUGCAACCGUCUGGCGACCAAGGCCGUGCAGCGCGGCUCUGCAGACAACGUCACCGUGAUGGUCGUGCGGAUAGGGAAGUGAAGGAAGGCGCCAGGCAGCAGAGAGGACAGCAUGGCAUUGAUUCAAGAGAAAAGUUAGGUUCAUGUGUGCGCAUUAUGUGUUCUGAGUAUUCCGCCAAGCUCUGGUUGUAAAUAAAGGUUGUUUGUUUGUUUUUUCUAA